UUGUUUCUCUUUCUUUGUUUUUCUAUAUUUCUUGUGGGUUCUGGUCCCAUAUAUGUCUCAAAAGUGUACUCUUUUGCUGGUGAAUUUUGUUGGAACUCAGACAACUGCAUUCUCUUACGUUUACACAACUCUCGGUUUAAUUUCUUCGUUAUAUAAAUAUAUAUAUAAAAGUUGUUCAAAGUUUCAGAAUUUUGCUUGUUCUUUGUUGUUAAAACUCUUUAUACAAGUUUCCCAUUUAGGCUAUCGGAGAUUUGGUAAUUUUUGCUGUUUUUCUCUUGGUUAAAUGGCUCAAGCUGAGGAAAUUAGAGGAAAGAGGUGUAUUUCAAUGCAUACGAAUGUUUUUCCAAGAGAUCUGUUGAAUGAUAAAUUCAUGACCGGAAAAAACAUACAAGAAACUCCCAAUGAGGAUGAAAAUGAUAUAGAGCUGAGUUUGGAUCUCUCAUUAAACGGCCAUUUUGGUGUAGACCCACAAAGGGCUAAUAAACUCAAACGUUCUUCAUCAAUUACAAACUGUGUGUAUACCGGUGGUGAUGACAGUAAUAAUGGUCAUUUGUUACCUGGUUCUUCAUAUACUCCUAUAGCGAGGACGUGUUCAUUACCUGUUGAAGCCGAGGAAGAGUGUAGAAAAAGGAAGGAGAUGCAAUCUCUAAGGCGUUUGGAAGCUAAAAGAAAGAGAAUGGAAAAAUUGCAGAAUGUUAGAGUGGUUAAAGAAAAGGUUGAUUUGGACCUGCGUCUUGAAGAAAAUGUUCAGGUCGUUGGGGGAAAUAAUAAUAAUAAUGAGGGUAAUAAUGGGAAUUCAGUGCCGUUGUCACAAGGGUCUAUGGGUUCUCAUGGGAGUGGUUCUUCAGGAGUUUCUGAUUUUGGGACUCAACCCAUUCAAGGGCCAGGUGAGCGUACUGGGGCAAAUACUCCGACUAGCAUCAAGCCCUCAGAGCAAGAGCAUGAAAGGAAACAGGUAGAUAGACCACCUGAAACCACAACUGAAAAAUCACCUAGCACAUGUGACAGAAGCGCUAGCAAGGAAGCAAAAGAAAUGUUAAAAAAUUUCAUGCUCGACAUGCCUUGUGUUUCCACAAAGGGCGACGGGCCAAAUGGUAGGAAGAUUGAAGGAUUUUUAUACCGAUAUAAGAAGGGAGAGGAACUGAAAAUAGUAUGUGUUUGUCAUGGUAACUUUCUCUCCCCAGCUGAGUUUGUGAAGCACGGUGGUGGUGGUGAUGUUGCCAACCCGUUGAAGCAUAUCGUUAUCAAUCCUUCACCUCUGUUGAGAUGAUGCCAGCGGAAUUCUAGAUGGCGUUAAAUAAAAAAAGGGUAAAGCUUCAAGAGUUCAGCUUUAGUAUCGUCGUUUAUCUUCUUUUGUAACUUGGACUAAAGUUUUUUUAUUUUCCGGUAGAUAGUAUAACAACUUGGACUAAGGUUCCUUUGUUUUUCGGUAGAUAGUAUAGUUUUUCGCUGGAUGUUGAGUAAUCAAUUGGCAAGUUUAUCAUCUUUCUGCAAAAAAAUCAAGAAUUUCCUUU